AUGAGAGGUUUCUAUGGCAUAGCAACAUUGCUUCUUGUGGUUGGCAGCGUUGUGGGUAAUGUUUUGCAAGUGGAUGAUGUUUCGUCGGGAUUCAAUAGGGAUAUUUUUGAUAAAGCUUUAGAAAGUUGUUCAGAUACGCUUAAGCUUAAAACACAGUGGAUUCCAAACGCUCUGUUUGAAGAUUUGGUGGUGCUCAACUUGGUGCUUAAAGAUGGCAAGUACACUGCUGAAGACGGCAGGUCGGGAGCUGAUUGCAGAAAGCAGUUUCUUGAUUGCAUGACGAAGAAGUACAGACAGCUGGUUCUGUUGUUUUCCGGGAGUGCCGAGGAGUAUAUUAAAGAAUGGGAAGAGACCAAGUCUGGCGGUCCCAAGAUCCAGGUUCCGUCCAGUAUAUGGCACAAUCCGUUGUUGAAGAUCAAGGAGAUCCAGAUAUCGCUUCAAAGAGGAAGAAGGGACUGUGCUGGGUACGCUCCAGUGGUAUCCAACUUCUUCAGUGAUCCCAAACGUGAAGGUAGUCUAGAUAACCCGAUCCAGACGUUCUUGUCCUUCCCAGAUAAGUGCCUGAACCUACCGAAAGUAAGCAACCUCUGGUUCUUCGUCAACGGAGGCCUGUGCUAUGAAUCUGUGGUUCAAGUAUGGAACACCAAGGACUGUUCUGGGGAGAAAGACUUGCUACUUACCAUGGCCCUAGGAAAGGGAAAGAAGGGAGUCAGCGACGUGCUUUCGUUCAAGAGAAUGGCCUAG